AUGGCAGCUCAAAAAAUUGCUGAUGCGAACCCUCGGCUUGACAAACACAUCCAUAAAAGACCAGAGGAUGAUGUUUCUGAAGGUACUCCCCUUGAUGUCAUCAAUGCUCAGGAACAUGGAGUGCAGCCGCAGAUUUCUGGAGACGCUGCCACUGGCCACAGUAACAGUGAAGAACCCAGAGAGACUAAGGCGGCCUGGAUUGGAUACCGCUUGGAGUAUCGCAAUCGUUGGACUGGCGACUUGAUUUCCGAACGGACUUACGAAAAAGGCAACGAGCCAAAAGACCAAAAGACGGAUGGACCCAUAUUCGAGUUAAUCACAUCCUACAAAGUCUCAACGCACUCACUGGAUCCGGACUCUUCAGGGCCAAUGACUUCUCAAGCAAUGCCGACGCACCAAAUUCGAAUCCACUCGAUAGCCAUCAUCAACGCCUUACAGUCAGUCGUCCGAUACUACCCCGGUCAGGACUUAGCAGGCGAGUCGAUUGUUGUUCAAAAACCGUACGCAGUCUUGGUUCAUUACUACGACGAGCUACAACAGUUUCGCCAGGAUUGUCUUGCGAAAUGCCCACAUGAGUUGUGUGAUCGGGAGAAGCAUGCAUCAGAGCAUUUAGGAAUCCUGCUAGGUUUCUUGGAUGAUGAGGUUAUGUCAGGCGUAAGGCAAGAACAAGAGCGGAACAAAAGGGGGUCUGCGACGUUCGAAUGGCGGUGGGUUGCGUACAAACCAGGCGUCACCGUUUUAGACAAAACCAGCACAGGUGAAUGGGAAGCUUCGGUAGUGCACUCCAUAUCAGGAGGUCUAUUUGAGAACCCCCCGAAAGACUGGGAAGUGAAGCGAUGGUGCAUGGACUAUGAUGGUGAGAACAUCGAACGCAUCUGGGCAACUCCAGUAACAUGGCCCAAAUUCGAUGGCGAACGAAGUGAUUCCAAGGCUGGAUUGGAGACCAAGUUCUUUGAUCCUACACUUGACGAAUCGUAUCUGGAUGACGAGAAUGUAGUUGGGUUGGUUGACAACGGCAAAAAGUUUGCUGCCAUGGUUAAGAAACAGUGUUUUCAUCACAAAGGCAAAGGGGCUUCCUUUCCCUUCAACAAUAUCGAAGGCUUAGCAAUGGUCGAUCUUGAUAGCUACUACACAGUACGUUCGGAUGCAACCCCGUCGUCAAUAGACACAGACGAUUUGCGGAAUUGGUCGACAGAAUGCACAUGCGAAAUUUGCGAAACUCGCAAACAAUCUCUUGGUCGGAACAUUGCCCCUUUAUUCAGUAAAUUUGGUGGCCAGAAGGAGAACGAGACAGGGCUUACCAACCAUGAGUCCCUUUUGUGUCCGUCGGCUGUGAUGGCUUACGUAUUCAGGACUCGAACAUGGGAGUACGUUCACAUCAAGAACCUUCAAAGACCAAAAUUCAACGAAAACAUGAUCGGUCACUUGGUGAUGAGUGAACAGCGCUUGAAAACACUCAAAGCUCUUUCGAAGAGCUUUGCCAGAGUCAACAAGCACGGCGAAGGAAUAAAAGAUUCCAACUGGAGCGCAGACUUCGUUCGUGGGAAAGGAAACGGCCUGAUAUUUCUAUUACAUGGAAAGCCAGGAGUAGGCAAAACUUGCACAGCUGAAUGCAUUGCCGAGUUCACCUGCCGCCCUCUGAUGGUAUUGACAAGCAGCGACGUGGGCACAGAUCCCGAGCAAGUGGAAUACAACCUUACCUCUAACUUCAAGAGGGCCAUGAGCUGGGGUGCUGUCUUAUUGAUCGAUGAAGCCGAUGUUUUCAUGGAAAGAAGGACGACAUCAGAUCUCACGAGGAACAGUUUGGUGGCCGGGUUCUUGCGAGCUCUGGAAUUCUAUGACGGCAUCUUAUUCCUCACAACCAACAGAGUUGGGUCAUUCGACGACGCUUUCAUCUCUCGCAUACACGUGCAACUCUACUACCCAGACUUCACCGACGACGAGCGGCAACGGGUGUGGAAAACGUUUAUCGACAAGCUUGGUCGCGAGAGGGGAGAUACCAUGCGCAUGACAAUUGACGCCAAAGAGUAUAUUGCAUCAACUAGGAAGCAUGGUAUGAAAUGGAAUGGAAGAGAAAUUAGAAACGCUUUUCAAACAGCCGUUGCGCUUGCUGAGUACGACGACGAGAAAGAUAGCGAGGGAAGGAUAAUGAUGACAGAUAAUCACCUACGAGCUGUGGUUGAGCUGUCCAAAGAUUUCAAGGGAUACCUGAACGACCUCCAUCGAAGGGACGAGGAAAAGAGAGCCGAAGAUCGAUACGAGAGACUGGCUACCUACGAAGCAGGCACAUAG